AUGGAGUCAAGAACUCGUCUUGAUUAUGCUCUGUUUCAACUGACUCCGACGAGAACCAGGUGUGAUCUUGUGAUAUUUGCUGGUAAAAAGAAUGAGAAAUUAGCGACAGGGCUACUGGAUCCAUUUCUUUCCCAUCUUAAAUCAGCUAAAGAUCAAAUUUCUAAAGGGGGCUAUUCCAUUACACUAAAACCUGCCACCACAGAUGUUUCUUGGUUCACUAAAGCCACUUUAGAAAGGUUUGUGAGAUUUGUCAAUACACCAGAAGUUCUUGAGAGAUUUGUGACAAUUGAGAGAGAGAUCGAACAGAUUGAUAGUUCAAUUCAAUCAAAUGAACAAUCAGAUGUGGCAAUAGAGGCAGAAGGCAAUGUCUCUGCUACUAACAAAAAUUCCCAAAAUUUAACUGCUUCGUCUAAGUUAAAUGUAGGGACCAAUGGAAUUGCUGAUGCUGAACCAGAAGAAAAACCUAAGGUUCGUCUUCAGCGUGUUCUGGAAACUCGAAAGGCAAUGCUCAAGAAGGAGCAAGCAAUGGCUUAUGCUCGUGCACUAGUGGCAGGAUUUGAGAUGGACUACAUAGAUGAUCUUAUAUCUUUCAGUGAUGCAUUUGGAGCUGUGCGUUUAAGGGAAGCAUGUAUAAACUUCAUGGUGCUCUGGAAUAAAAAGAAUGACGACAGGUUGUGGAUGGCUGAAGUGGCAGCAAUGCAGGCAUGUUCCCCCUCUGAGUUUUCAUUCUUGGGAACAUCUGGAAUUGUACUUGCUGGUGAAGAUAAUGACCUAAAUCAUAAUGGCCUAACCAAGGCUUCAGCAACUGACUCAACCACUAGCCAUGGAAGUUUAGACACUAACCAAGAUAAUGGUUUGCCAGCAAUGUCCAAUGUGCAAUCAACGGAUGGAAUAGCUCAAGUACCACCAUGGGCAAACUAUCCUCCCCAGUAUAUGCAAAAUUUUCCACAUCCACCAUUUCAACAAAUCCCUCCAUAUCAUGGAUAUGUUUUCCCGGGCAUGCAGGGUGCACCGUCAUAUUAUCCGGGGAGUGUGCCAUGGCCUUCAGGUGCCCAAGAUUUCAGUCUGGGCCUUGAUAGAGAACCAGAAGAUAACCAGAGACACAAAUCCUUUACUAAGAAAAAAGAAAAAAUUAAGAAUGGAAUGAAACCGCACAGUACAAAAGACAAUGAAAAAAUGGAGAUUAGUAAUUCCAGCUCUGGAAGUGAUUCAAAUGAUGAGCAGGAGCUAAGUCAUUCUUCAGGUGAGAAGAUGCGCAAAAAGAAGAAUGGAAAACGUUCCUCGAGAAGAGUUGUUAUCCGCAACAUAAAUUACAUCACUUCUGGCAGAAACGGAGAAAGGAACAGUGCUUCGGAAAGUGAUUCCUCUGACGAAGACAAAUUUAUUGAUCCUGAUUCCCUUAAACAGCAGGUGGAGGAAGCUGUUGGGUCAUUGGAGAAACACCAUAAGCCAAAGUCUGGCAAAGAACGAGAUGGAAGGAAGAAAGCUAGCAAUAGAUCUAAGGAUCCUACUAAUUCAGAUGUUGAACAUGCAGUCACAACCAAUUCUGAUGAAAAAAGGAAAGAUGGAAACUGGGAUUUCUUCCAAAACCUUCUCCUGAGGGAUGCAGAUGAGAGAUCAAAUGAUACGGGUCUGCAUACUCCACAAGUUCACGAAGGUUAUUUUAUAGAGAUGGCCUCUUCAGAACAAAGUGCAUCCUUAAAUAUCAAAUCAAAUGGUGUGAAAAACCAAAGUGCAGCUGAUGCUUUCCUUCUGACUGAAAGGAAUAUGGGAAAUUAUGUUGAAGCGAACAAGGUUAAUUUUGAAGAUGGAGAAAAUGUACAUGGAGUAAUUAAGAGGGGCAGCACAAAUGAAGAUUUCUUAAUUCCACAGAGAGUUAACGGACAGGAGAACUACCCCCAAACUGCACUAUCAAAUUUUGGAACUGAAUCCUCCAUGAUUAAGAGCCAAAAAGAGGAAAAGUGGUUCAUAAGCGGCCAACCAGGAAUAUCAACAAGUCAAGAAGAAAGGAUAGAUCACUCUAUUAUGUUUGGAAAUCAAAUCUCAGCCUCUGAUCUCAAUCAUUUGGAGAUGCAGAAAAAUAAGAGAGAUCUUAUUGUGGACGACUCUUUCAUGGUUCAAGAUCGACUGAUGAAAGGUCCAUCAGAAACUCAACCAAAGACUGACAUUUUCAUGGUUUCGGACAUUGUUGGAGCUGACCAAUCCAAGCAUAGAACACCUGAUAAUUCACAAAGCAAGAUUGAAGCUGGUAAUUUCUACGAACCAGAUGACCUCUAUAUGGUGCUUGGGCGUAAUUCGGCUGCUGAGCAAGUUGUAGAGUCUUGGAAACCUGAAAUGGAUUGUGAAAAUGUGAAUUCAUUAGUUGAAGCUGUUAAAGGACAAGGCAACUCUGAACGAAGUGAUUCUGUUGAUGCAGAGCUCCUGAAUGGUAAGGGAAGCAACAAGACAGCGAACAGAGCUUCUAGAGUAAAAGUGGAUGGCAAAGCAACAAAGUCAAAAGCUCCAAAUGGAUCUUUGGGAAGGAGCAAAUCUGAAAUGACACCAGGAAUUAAAAAAUCUUAUUCUGGAAGCAGAACAACGAGUCAGAAGAGCAAAACUGAGAAGGAAGAACAGAACAAGAAGAAAAUGGAAGAAUUACUAACACAGCGUCAGAAGAGAAUUGCCGAAAGAAGUGGUACUAAGGGUUUUACUUCAGAUACUUCAAAUAUAACUUCUAAGGUGAGCAAGACACACAAAGUUACCACAAAAGUUGAGAAGCCUAGACUUCCAGCUCAAGCUGAAGAGAAAGAUAAGUCAACUAAGCCUGUUAUGAGGACUUCCACAAUUGAUCGCCUUGCAGCUGCUCGGACAACUGGCAAGCAGCCAUCAACUGAAUCGAAGGUGGGCCAAAGUGGAAAAACAACCCCCAAGGGGCGUACUCUCAAGGAAACUUCCUCGUCGAAGAAGAUAGCUGGAACUCAGAACAAAAGAGCGAGUCUGGACAAGGUCACUAAUUCAGAUAAGAACACUGGUACGACGAAUUCUAAGGGAAAUACUUCUGUAUCUGAUUAUCCGGGAAGGGAUCGGAUAGAUACCAAAUCAUCCAUGUCAGAGAAGUUUAAUGGUGCUGAAGGUCCUCUAUCUAAGGUUGAGGUUGAUGAAUCUAAAACUAUCAAGGUGUUGCAUACUGUAUCUUCGACUGAGAAGAAUGAGGAACAUAGGGUUUCACAGAAAGAUCCUUCAGAUGAGAAGACCUGCAUUCAAGUUUUAUCUAAUGAAGACUUGCUCUCUUCUGAAGGCCAAUCUGCGAAAAUGGAGCCCUUGACAAAUACGUGUAUGGUAACUGAAGCAUCUCAAGUUAGAAAUGGUUUGAGUACAACUGGUUUGAACAUUGAAGAGGAUGGUGACAAGGAACAGAAAAUAUCCGUUUCAACAGAAAUUUCUGCUGUGGAAAUCUCAACUCCACCUCCAAAUGAUGAAAUGACUCCAGAACUAAUUCAUUCCAGAAAGAAGUGGAAUGACAAUGAAAAUUUUCCUAAAGUCACCAAAGGCUUUCGAAAACUUCUUCUGUUUGGUCGUAAAAGCUGA